AUGAGGAUUUCUUCUGGCGACUGGUUCCUGUUGAUGUUCUCGGGCUGGUGGAGGCUGGCGAUGGGAGCUUUCCCGAGCAGCGUGCAGAUCGGUGGUCUGUUCAUCAGAAACACCGAUCAGGAGUACACCGCCUUCCGUCUGGCGAUCUUCCUGCACAACACCAGCCCGAACGCCUCGGAAGCUCCGUUCAACCUGGUGCCUCACGUGGACAACAUCGAGACGGCCAACAGCUUCGCCGUCACCAACGCCUUUUGCUCGCAGUACUCCCGCGGAGUCUUCGCCAUCUUCGGCCUGUACGACAAGCGCUCGGUCCACACGCUGACGUCCUUCUGCAGCGCCCUGCACAUCUCCCUCAUCACGCCCAGCUUCCCCACGGAGGGCGAGAGCCAGUUCACGCUGCAGCUCCGGCCGUCCAUCCGGGGCGCGCUGCUGUCGCUGCUCGACCACUACGACUGGAACAAGUUCGUGUUCCUGUACGACACCGAUCGGGGAUACGCCAUCCUGCAGGCCAUCAUGGAGAAGGCGGGUCAGAACAACUGGCAGGUCAGCGCCAUCUGCGUGGAGAACUUCAACGACGCCAGUUACCGGCGCCUGCUGGAGGAUCUGGACCGGAGGCAGGAGAAGAAGUUUGUGAUCGACCUCGAGGCCGAGAGGCUGCAGAACAUGCUGGAGCAGAUCGUCAGCGUCGGGAAACACGUCAAAGGCUACCAUUACAUCAUGGCCAACCUGGGCUUUAAGGACAUCAACCUGGAGCGCUUCAUGCACGGAGGGGCGAACGUGACGGGCUUCCAGCUGGUCGACUUCAGCAACCCCAUGGUCAUCAAGCUGAUGCAGCGCUGGAACAAGCUGGACCAGAGGGAGUAUCCCGGCUCCGACGCCCCGCCCAAGUACACGUCGGCGCUGACAUACGACGGGGUGAUGGUGAUGGCCGAGGCCUUCAGGAACCUGCGCCGGCAGAAGGUCGACAUCUCAAGGCGCGGGAACGCCGGCGACUGUCUCGCCAACCCGGCGGCGCCGUGGAACCAGGGCAUCGACAUGGAGCGCACUCUCAAACAGGUCCGGCUGCAGGGAUUAACAGGUAAUGUCCAGUUUGACCACUAUGGCCGCAGGGUCAACUUCACCAUGGACGUGUUUGAGCUGAAGAAUAACGGCCCCAGACGGAUCGGUUACUGGACUGAUGCAGACAAGCUGGUCCUGAUCCAGGAUUCUCCGCUGCUUCCAAACGACACGUCUGGCAUGGAGAACCGCACUGUCGUGGUGACCACCAUCAUGGAGGGUCCCUACGUGAUGCUCAAGAAGAACUGGGAGAUGUACGAGGGCAACGACCAGUACGAGGGAUACUGCGUGGACCUGGCCUCGGAGAUCGCCAAGCACAUCGGGAUCAAGUACAAGAUCUCCAUCGUGCCGGACGGGAAGUACGGCGCCAGGGACCCGGAGACGAAGAUCUGGAACGGGAUGGUCGGGGAGCUGGUGUACGGGAAAGCGGAAAUCGCUGUGGCCCCUUUGACUAUUACGUUGGUCCGGGAGGAGGUGAUCGAUUUCUCCAAGCCCUUCAUGUCGCUGGGCAUUUCCAUCAUGAUCAAGAAGCCCCAGAAAUCCAAACCGGGGGUGUUCUCCUUCCUGGACCCGUUGGCCUACGAGAUCUGGAUGUGCAUCGUGUUCGCCUAUAUCGGCGUGAGCGUGGUGCUCUUCCUGGUCAGCCGCUUCAGCCCGUACGAGUGGCACACCGAGGAGCCCGAAGAGGGCACUGACGGUCCGCCAAGCGACCAGCCUCCCAACGAGUUCGGCAUCUUCAACUCCCUCUGGUUCUCCCUGGGCGCCUUCAUGCAGCAGGGCUGUGACAUCUCCCCCAGAUCGUUGUCUGGGCGGAUCGUAGGGGGGGUGUGGUGGUUCUUCACCCUCAUCAUCAUCUCGUCCUACACGGCCAACCUGGCGGCCUUCCUCACCGUGGAGAGGAUGGUGUCGCCCAUCGAGAGCGCCGAGGAUCUGGCCAAGCAGACCGACAUCGCCUACGGGACUUUGGACUCGGGCUCGACCAAGGAGUUCUUCAGGCGGUCCAAGAUCGCCGUCUACGAGAAGAUGUGGGGCUACAUGAAGUCGGCCGAGCCCACCGUCUUCACCAAGACCACCGGGGAGGGCGUGGCCAAGGUCCGCAAGUCCAAAGGGAAAUACGCCUUCCUCCUGGAGUCCACCAUGAACGAGUACACCGAGCAGAGGAAGCCCUGCGACACCAUGAAGGUCGGAGGCAACCUGGACUCCAAAGGCUACGGCGUGGCUACACCCAAGGGCUCACAGUUAAGAAGUGCAGUUAACCUGGCAGUGUUAAAACUCAAUGAGCAAGGCCUGUUGGACAAAUUGAAAAACAAGUGGUGGUACGACAAAGGAGAGUGUGGCAGCGGAGGCGGUGGCGAGAAGGACAAGUCGUCCCAGGCGCUCAGCCUGAGCAACGUGGCCGGGGUCUUCUACAUCCUGGUCGGGGGUCUCGGCCUGGCCAUGCUGGUGGCCCUCAUCGAGUUCUGCUACAAGUCGCGCAACGAGGCCAAGAGAAUGAAGCUCACAUUCACUGAAGCCAUGAGGAACAAGGCCCGUCUGUCCAUCACCGGCAGCGUGGGGGAGAACGGACGGGUGCUGACGCCCGACUGUCCCAAGGCCGUCCACGCCGGGCCUCUCCGCCAGAGCUCCGGCCUCGCCCUGGUCUCCUCCGAGCUGCCGUGA